AUGAAAAAGUAUGAGUGUCCACAUGUUGACUGUAAUGCGACCAUGCAGGGCAAAAUUGAAUAUAACGAACAUUUCCAAACGCACGAUAAACCAUUUCGUUAUCAAUGUAAACAUACCGGUUGUGGGAAAGAAUUCCACAUUUCGCCAUCGCUUUCCAUGCACAAGAAAUACUGUAAACACAAACCUUCCUCAGUUUUAAACAGUCGUUGA